CUUUUAACCUGCCAGACCCUCUGUAUUCCUGCAGGUUCCGGAGUCAUUUGGUGUUGGGUCCUCCCCUGCAACGAGCGAUCCCUCCCUAAGGCGCCCUGGAUGGAUUGUACUCUGCUGUAGGAUGUAUUUACUUCCCUCCUUCUUCCUUGUACGUCAUCCACAAGUUGCCUCAUCUGAAGGUGCCUCCAUCCUCCACCAUGAAUGAUGAUCAGAGACUACACAACAAUGCGGUAGCUUGGCUGAUCUGCUCAGGGGUCUCCGUUCUAGCCAACACCUGGGGGAUUCUGAGUGUAAGUGCCAAGCAGAAGAAAUGGAAGCCCCUGGAGUUCCUUAUCUGCACACUGGCUGGGACUCACAUCCUUAACAUAGCCAUCCCCAUUACUAUGUACUCUGUGAUCGAGCUCCGGCGGCAGCGCUCAGACUAUGAAUGGAGUGAAGGCCUCUGCAAGGUCUUUGUCUCCACCUUCUAUACUUUAACCUUGGUCACCUGCUUCUCAGUCACCUCCUUGUCCUACCAUCGGAUGUGGAUGGUCCGCUGGCCAGUCAAUUACAGGUUGAGCAAUACCAAGAAACAAGCUGUUCAUACUGUGAUGGGCAUUUGGAUGGUGUCCUUCAUCCUCUCCACCUUGCCAGCAGUUGGAUGGCAUGACACCACCGAGCGCUUCUACGCCAGGGACUGCCGCUUCAUCGUCACUGAGAUCGGCCUGGGCUUUGGCGUCUGCUUCCUGCUCCUCAUCAGCGGCAGCGUGGCGAUGGGCGUCGUCUGCACCAGCAUCACCCUCUUCCAGACCUUCUCCAUCCAAAUGGGGCACAGCGUCGACAGGAACAAGUUCAACGUGCCUGCCAUCGUGGUGGAGGACGCACAGGGCAAACGGCGCUCGUCCAUCGAUGGCUCCGAGUCCAUCAAGACCUCUCUGCAAAUCACCUACCUGGUCACCGGGAUCGUGUUCAUUUACGAUUUCCUGAUGGGCUUUCCCAUCCUGGUGGUGAGCUUUGCCAGCCUGAAGUCUGACGUGUCCUACAGCUGGAUGGUGUUGUGUGUUCUCUGGUGCUCAGUCAUCCAGUCCCUGCUCCACCCCCUCUUCCUCUGGGCCUGUGAUCGCUACCGAGCAGACAUAAGGUCCAUCUGGGAGAAGUGCGUGGCCAUCAUGUCCAACGACGACGCAGACGAAGAGACCAGCCUGGAUGGUGCAAUUCACACCGACCUGAUGUAUGAGAGGCCUUACGACUAUAACUACGGAGGGGACAUCCUAGCGCUGGAGCACAUUGCCAAGUACGACUUCUCGGCGCUGGAGAGAGGAAUCCCUCAGGUGUAUCCUGUGCGAUCGGUACAGGAGAACAAAAUGCAGUAUCUGCAGGUCCCACCUCUGAGGCGUUAUUCUCACGAUGAAACGGACAUUUGGACUACGGGCCAGAUUUCAGCCUACCUCCAGCGCUGGGGGGCAGGUGAGGAUGUGGCCGGGCUGGCCCACCUCCUCAUCCCGCAGCAUGCACAGAGGAGGAGCAGCCUGACCUCCUACCAUGAGGAGCGGCUUCCCUACUGCAAGCGCCGGAAGUCUGCGGAGAGCGUCAUCUCACUCCAGCCGCUCACCCGUGAGGACCUGUACAAGUGCUUCAGCAAGGAGGAGGUGGUGAACUUCAUUGACGAGAGCCCCCUGCCCAGCCCCAGGAAAAGCCCCAUGCACUCGUCUUCCGUCUCCCUCCUCCCAGAGGCUUUUCUGCCCCAGGCCAGCGUGUGCUCCAACUUCCCUCUGACUGACUUUGAGCGGGAGCCCCAGGUGCUGCGCAGGUUCUCGGCGCAGGGGAAGGGCUGCACCCUCACUGUGCCCAGGGCUCUACGCGCCCAGGAGGACUCCAGAUGCCUCUUUCCCGAGGGAAACAGAGACCCCUGCAGGGGACAAACUCCCUUCGAACUCGGGGAGGCCCAGGCACUAGACAGCUGCCCAGCAAGCAGCAGCUGCUCUGAGUCAGGGAGAUUUCGGACGAGUUUGAGCAUCUCCUGGGGGGAGCAGGAAAACCUACAGAAAGGUGGGAGCAAAGGUAGCAGCACUAGCUUUUUAAGCUCCCGUUCUGCUUCAUCUGGGUAUAUAACAUUUCAUUCCGACUCCAUUGGCUCGGCCUCCUAGGAGCAGGUGUGCUGGACCCCAAUGCCACUCUGCCGUGUGUGUUGGUUUUCUAUGGCUUUCCUUACAUCCUUCAAAGAGGUGGUCUUGGUUUAGUAAUGGGAGCUGGGCAAAGCACCAAAGAAAUCCGAUGUUUUCUCAUGCAUAAAAAAAGGGAAGCAGAGAGACUUGCUAGAGGAAUGUCUGAUCUGAGGACGGUGUAAAAAUGUUUGAAAUUCCUACUCAGGUGGACAAAACCACAGCACGGUCCUUCCAAACCCUUUCUGUGUGUGGAUGGCAGAGGGGAUCGGAGCAGGUGCUGCAGCCAGGGGCGGCUCCAGGCUCCAGCACGCCAAGUGCGUG